AAACCCCCUCAACAUUAAUUUGAUGAUCGUUGAUUGAAUCGGAUGUCUAAAUAUUAGGUGAUAUUACAAGUUUUUCCUGGGAACGGUGGAAUUUUAAGAGGACAUUCUUAUUACAUCGUCGCUGGAUAAAGAUGAAAGUACACGAAUUUAGGAAAUUACAGGGAAAUUCGUGAUUCUGUGCUCGAAAAUUUGUUAUUAAAAUUCCAUGUUUACGAUCGGCACACUUUAUUGGUGAACGAUAUGUUUGAGAGGAGCAAAGCGAACAAAGUUUAGGAAUCAUGAAUGCGGACAUGAUUUUGUUUUUAAUCUUAACAGGUAUUUACGUUCUUUUGGGGAGUCUUGGAAAUGGCGUAAUUUUGAUGGUCUAUAGCUACAGACGACAAAAAGAUGUUUACAACCAAAAUUUUUUUAUCAAGGUGCUAGCAGCCUUAGAUUUAGUAGUAUGUGUCGUGAUAAUGCCUUACACCAUUUUCUUCGAGUUUCAUCGUGUUCAUAAUGACGUAGUUUGCAAAAUGAUGGAAAUAGUGCGCCACAUAGCUAUCCUUACCAGUAAUUCAGUCCUCUGUGCAAUCGCUUUUGAGAGGUACUUUGCUAUCUGUUACCCAACAAAAAAACUUGACCAACAAGCGAUCCAAAAAAUAAUGAUAUCUUUGACUGCAGUGACCGUUCUAUUUUCAGCGCCCGCCCCGACGAUUUUUGCCGUCACAGAAAAUAAAAUCAGUGGUAACGUGGAAGAGUAUUGUCAGUUUACUACAAAAGUGAUUGGAGUUAUGGGAACCAAUAUUUACCAAGGAUUUCUCAUACUGCUUUGCAUGUCUGGAAUAAUUACCAUAAUUGUGUUGUAUGCCUUGAUUUAUAGAAGACUCUUACACCGGACUCUACGUAGGCGGCGCUGUAUGUCUAGAUCCAUUACCCCGAGUAAAUAUAUUGUAAGGAAAAUAACCAAUGGAAGGGGUAUAUCGGGGGAGCUACCAGAAGGAAGCGGUGCUGAAAACGAGGUUGUUUUGUGUUUAGUUGAAAACGUACCCAUGUUAGAGUCGAAAAGAUCUAAAAUACAAUUAAAAGGAGUAUUUGAAUCAAAAUCCUCAAAAAGUGCCAACAAAACAACAAAACCCGAGAACAGCGAAAUAUCAGACGAACACUCUUCUGACACAUGCGUCAAUAACCAAAACAACGAAAAAAGUCCAGACUGUCGCCGGAAGUUGCCUGGCCCCAAAAUGACAAUGUAUACAUAUAAGCAUACUGAUUUUCGCCAUCGAGCAAAACCAAACGUGAGAAGAAAAACUUCUAUCAUGCUUUUCGUCUGUUCCCUAAUUUACCUCGUUACAUGGGGUCCCUUCUGGUUGGACGUUUUUAACGUCACACGGAGCCUCGUUUUGCGUUAUCUGUUUUUCUUUGGCCACGCUAGUAACCCAGUUGUUUAUGGAAUCAUAAACAAUCAAGUCAGAGCUGACGUCAAUAAACUACUCACAAGACGAUGAUGUGUGAUCAUUUCACAAAACUACUUAAAGUACUUACAAUUGUAACAUACGAUAUCACUCAAUAAACUGAAAUUAAGACAGA